AGCAGGAAGGAAGAAUGUCCCCCCUGAACCCCGCGCGGCCAUCAUGGCAAGGCUGAUCGAAAGGGAGCCGCGGCCCACCACCUAGACCACUCCUCCACCAUGGCCGCCGCGCCGCCCUAGACCCCUCAGACCCACGGGCAGGAUGGCGAGCACCUCAGAACCCCUCCGCCUGUGGACGCAGAAGUUGAAUGAGCUAGUAAAACUUGCUGGUGAGCUUCAGCAUGAAGAUCAGAAGUCAGCAGCAGAGUCGUGUCAGCUUGCAGGGCAGCACAUCCAGUCGCUGUGGGCCAAGGCCUCACAGGCCCUCGUCAAGAAUGAGGUGGGUUCAGUCAAGGUGGAGGGACAGAUUAAUACACGGGACACCUCCAGUCCAGCUUGGAAGAAAAGUUCGCCACAAACACAAACACAGACACAGGCACAGAGAAAGCUUACAAGGAAGAAGACAGUGAAGGAAGAGCCAAAGGAGCACAAUGAUGCAGAGGAGGAGGUGGAGGAGGAGCCUAAGAAGGACCACCUUGAGGCUAAGAAGUCCGCCAGGUCCGUAGUGAAGCAAGAAGCACCGCCUGCACAGGAGAGCAACACGCACGACAAGACACAGGAGGCUGAGGGCAAGGUUCAGUCUCUCCACCUCAUGAUCUCUGCUGACCCAGUCCAGGCACCAAGCAUGACCAGGCUCAAGAAGGUGUUGAAGAAUGAGGGGGCCAGCAAGACGGAGACAACCUAUCAGUGUGAGAAGUGCCCCAAGCAGUGCCGUACCGCUGUAGCCUUGUACAAACACUGGUCUUCUCACAACAAGAGUCUGGAGUGUCCUAUCUGCCACCAGAAGAUGUGCAGCAGGCAUGCCCUGAAUGCCCACAUGAGAACUCACUCUGGGGACCGGCCAUUUGAGUGUCCCAAAUGUUCCUCGAGAUUCACCACGCGAGGGAAUCUUGCCCGUCACAUUGCCAGCCAUGAGGGGAAGAAGCCGUGGCAGUGUGCCCUGUGUGGCAAGCGCUACUCUGAGAAAAAGUCCCUCAAGGUGCACAUGAGGACACACACGGGGGAGAAACCAUAUGCAUGUUCUGUGUGCCCCAAGAAGUUCGCCCAGUCAGGUGUCCUCCAGGCACAUAUGCUCAUCCACAGUAACCAGUAUGCUCACCUCUGUGACAUAUGCGGUCGCUCCUUCCGCCAACGCUCCCAGCUGGCCACGCACCACCUCCGCCACCAGGGUGUGCGCCCUUAUGCUUGUCCCAGCUGUGACCGCAGCUUCACCACCAAGGGUGACAUGGAGAGGCACCUCAAGACACACACUGGGGAGCGGCCGUUCAGCUGUGAUGUGUGUGGCUCCUCCUUUGCCCGAAUACAGACUCUUCAGGAGCACAAGAACCGACAUUAUAAUUUUAAACCAUACAUGUGCAAGAUCUGUGGCAAAAGGUUCCACGAGAUGGCUGCCUGUUCACGUCAUGUCAAAGGUUUGCACUCUCGGGAGAAGGGUGACGCCCCAGCCUCUGCCAGCAUCCUCAGACUGGCUAACCCUGACCAGCAAGAUGAGGACGGGAAACAGAGCCUUCUGAUUACCCACCUUGAUGUGGCCAACCCUGAGGGGAAGGAAGACAUUCAACCCUCCACACCACAGGGCACUGUUGAGGGUAAUGAGGAGGAGGAAGAAGAGGAGGAAGAAGAAGAGGAGGAGGAGGAAGAGGAAGAGGAGGAGGAAAUGGAAGGUGUGGAGGAGGAGAAUGGGGAGGAAGUGAAGCACCACAUUUUUGUCAUGCACACCACUGAGGCCGAGGAGACCCAGCUCAUCACCAUCGCCGAACCAUCCAGUGUUGAAGAUGAAGGGCAGAGUACCACCGAGGUUUCCUGUGAGGACUGCAUCACCCUCAUGUCCUCGGUGGGUGUGCUGAGGAGCCAUGCCAGGCACUGCACGGCUGUCACAUGUGAAGACUGUCGUACCCUCGUGUCCUCAGUGGAGGUGGUGAGGAGCCACAUGCGCUGCUGCAAGAACCAUCAAGGUUUGUCCAUGGCAGAGUGGCUCCUGCAGGACGAUGCCAUGACCCAGGACAGCACCAACAGCAGGGGUGGUGAGGGUGAGGAGGAGGGUGAAGGCUGUGGUGACGGCAGGGAUGGAGAGGGGGCUGGUGUGGACUGUGAGGUUGUGACGUCUGAUCUGGACCACCACACAGUCACCAUCAGCGAGGAUGUCACGAUCACCUCACUCCCCCUCACUCAGCUGCCUCCUAUACACCUUCAGCUAGAGAGUGACUACAUGGUAGUGUUGAGGGAGCCAGCCAGCAGGGAGCAGCCCUCAGCCCGGACACUUCCCCAGCAGCAGGUUGACGAACAUUCGCUGGCUGAGUCUGAGGGGGAGGCGUCGCAGCCAAGACUUGCACUGGUCUCGUCGCUGCUCAACCAGUAGGGGUCACCAAGAGGUCAGGCUGAGGCACACUCCAGUAGAAUUGUUGUGGAAAGGGUUUUUUUAUGGGCCUAAAAACAUUUUUUUACAGAAAACAUAUAUGAAAUUUCAAUGCAUAUGAACCUUAACAUUGUAAAGGUGUGGGCAUGGGAAACAUAUUUUUUUACAAUCAGUAUCAAAAGAAAGUUCAUAAAUAUACAAUGAUCAACACUUUUAAUUUAAAUAUUGGAAAAUUAAACAAUGGCAAUGCAUUCCAAGUAAUAAAAUGAACUUGUAAUAUAAUGAAGGUAAUAGCUGCAGAAUAUAGAUUGUUACAUCAGCUUUGAAAAUAAUUUUAUACUAAUUGUUAAAUGGUGGUAACAAUGCUGAACAUUGUUUUCAACUGAUUAAAUAAAUAAAUUAUAUAUAAAUUCUUUGGUUUGACAUUCUAUACGUACAAGUUAUAAAUGAAGUCAUUUCCUGAAUUGCCAGAAUGUUGUAUAAUUCAUGAUUUUAAUACUUAAGUGAAUAGAACUGAUAAAAAAUGCAAGUGUGAGGUCAGUCAAUUUCACAGUUUUUUUUCAGCAGGUAAGGAUGAGACUGAAGAGAAAAUAAUUUUGUCAAGGAUGCAUUUCCUUGCCCAUGCUG